UUGCGCCUCAAUCAGUGGGAGUGGUUUCAAGUCACCUGAGAACGCAGAUAAAUUGUUUGUGGUCUCUCCGUGGCUCAAAUGCUCGCUUUUCACUUGAUUUCUUUUAGACAUUUGACCACAAGUGUUCCUUGAUAUUCUCCAGACAUGAGUUCAGCUAAGCCUUGCAUUGGAUGUAAAAUUGCAUUAAUUUCUAAAGCCCAAAAUCGGUAUGAGGGUAUUUUGUACACAAUUGACAAAGUGAACUCAACAGUGGUCCUUGCUAAAGUGAGGUGUUUGGGAACUGAGGGACGACCAACUGACAGGCCAACACCACCUAAAGAGGAUGUCUAUGAGUACAUCACUUUCCGUGGAAGUGAUAUCAAAGAUAUUACAUUGUGUGAACCUCCAAGAUCUCACCAUGGCCUUCCUCCAGAUCCUGCGAUAGUACAGUCAUCUAUUGCAGGGUCUUCUGGAGGCUACCCGCCUCAUGCUCCAUUUAGCCCGAGGAUGCCAGCUUAUAAUCAGCUCGCUCCUGGCUCUCUCCUUAAUCAACAGUAUGCUGCCGCUCUUGGCCUUGGUCCUGUACUUCCAGGCUUACAUGUUAGAAGAGGUCCUAUGGUGGAAAAAGCUGUACAAACCCUCCAUGUGGACAGAUCGAGAAGGCCUCUGACAGCAACCCAGGAGCAGUGGUGGGAAAGGAGGCCCCCAAGGACCAGAAGAGAGAGUCCCCAGCCCAGAAGAGGCACUGGACCAACCAGGAGGUGGGGGCCCGGCCUGCCCAGCGCUGUGCAUGAAACUCGGCAGCAGAAUAAUGAAAACAGGCCACCUCCCAGAAGGAGACAAGGAGCCCGGAGACGCAGGAACCGUAGCAGAGGUCAGCUGCUGGUGGCUGAUGUUCCAUCUGCUACUCUGAAGUUCGACACAGACUUUGAUUUUGAUUCCUCAAAUGCUCAGUUUAUGAAGGAGCAGCUCAAAAAGGAGAAUGAAGGCAGGAUGAAUUCAAAAUUUAGAGUUCUUGAGGUGGAGGAGAAAGAAAAAGAGGAAUUGCACUUGGUGACAGAUGACGAUCAGUUUGGACCAAAAUGCUAUUAUGACAAAGCAAAGUCUUUCUUUGACAACAUCUCGUCUGACAAGAAGUUCAGACUGACAUGGGCAGAGGAGCGAAAGCGCAAUCUGGAGACUUUUGGGGUCCCUGGACGGUUCUUGAGGGGCCAGGGCUUCAGAGAAGGAUAUACUGAACAAAGAAGACGAGAAAUUGCUCAGUCUCAGUCUACUUACAGGACCAGGAGUGGACAGUUUUGAAGGUCAGAGUUGGAUACAAUGGUACUCUAGAUAACCAGUCCUUGGCUUAAUGCCCUAAGUGUAUAAUUAUAUGAAGCAGCUCUGUCAUAGUUCAAAGAAGUGUCUACCUUUAUUCCCCCCCCUUGUCUUAUACUUGCUAUUUUUUUUUUGGCUGCAGUUUGGAUGUGGAUGCUUUGCUCAGGAGAUGGUCCAUAUAUUAGUGGUAUGUUUUGAAAUUAUUAUUUUUUUUUCAAUUUAACAGGAAGUGAAUAUUUACGUUUCUACUUUUUGCUGCUUGAAAGAGCUUCACUCCUUAAAUGUAUUGUUUCAUAUUAGAAAUUUGUGACUUUAAUUGCCUCUUGGGGAUCCUCCUAAAAUAUGUACAUUAUUGGUUUCAUGAAAUGGUGUCGUAAACUUUGAAUAUUGUCACAUAAAAUUAAUUAAAUGUCAGUGUAUUUAAAAGAAGCUUGUGUAUUGCUUCGUUCUGUAAUGUUAAAGCAACAAAUGAGAUUCAUGUAAAUAAAUUGCAAAUUGCUGA